CCCGCUUUCACAUUUCCCUACUGCAGAAAUGAUUGCGUUAUGCGCUGUAGCUGGUCACCGCGGAGCGUGGAGACCAAGUGGCGCAGUGAAAUUGUGAUAAACAUCAAAUUACUCCUGUCGGUGACAAAAACUGUCUCUGUUUCUCACAUUUUUUGUGGCUCGGGCCGUCGCCCUCAGAAAAAGGACUGCUUUUGAGACUGAGCUUAAUAGCAUACCUUAUGGAGGAGUGAACAGAAAUAACUGCUUUGGCAGCGUUUCGUUCAGAAACAAGUAGUCAGGCCCAUUAGUGUUUCUCUUAAUAUGCAACUUUAUUCUUGUAAGUGGAGGAUUUUUGCAACAUUUACUUGGCCUUCUUUUCCUUUCCGAAACAGCAUUUUGAUGGAUCCUUAAAAUAGAGUAGCAAAGGAACGAGAAAAUUAUUAAAAUGAGGGAGACUCGAGGUUCAGAGGGUUGCCUAAGGACUCUUGGACACAUGGAAAAGACAACAUGGGAAUCAAACCAGCUCACUUUACCAACUGAGUCACUUCAAUACUACUGUAAAAUUAAAUGACUGAAACAAAGGUCUACCAUUCUACCAGCAUUUUUUUUAAGAUAUGGGUUCAGAAUGAGUCUUCAAUUGCAUUUUGGUAAUGAUUUAAUAAUAUAGGGGAGACACAUGCAUUCGCAGUAUCUUUAAUCCCUGCUGUUUUCCAUACGGCACAUGCUUGGUCAGCAUUUUCUCACUGCUCUGUGAAGCUUUUUUUUUUUUUUUUCCUGUGCUGUCACUGUAACUGAGCUUGUGUGUAUAGUUUAAGAUAAAAGGCUGCUCCUAUCUGUGGGCAGAGGGCGUGUACAGCAGAUCAACACGCACAUUAUCGUCAAGUUUACCCUUGGCCUGAUGCCCUGGCUCCUCUCUCAUGAUGGCAUCUGACGUGGUUUCUGUGCCUCCGAGCCCAUCGAACAUGUCCCGACAGCAGACGGUGCCACAUUUGUUCGAUCUACAAAGAAUUUAUACAUUCUUGUUCAGUUUUUUUUUUUUUUUUUUAACAGUUUCAGACUUUAUGCAAAAAUUAUGUUUCAUAUUGAUAAAAAGAUACAUUGACAGCUCUGAUACUUCACGAAGCCAAGUGUAAUAGUGUUGCUGGCAAUGUCCAGUUUGACUUUAUAAUUUUGGUAACACCCUCAUUAUGGCUUAAUGGGGCUGCGAGAAUGACGUAAUCCUACUGAGACCCCAGACUCAACGGAAAACCCCCUCAACAAUGAUCCGUCUCUGACCCGGGCCGUGCCGCUGUGUCCUCAACACCUGCUGCUCGCCUGCACAUGCUUUCUCCUCACUUAUAUCAUUCUUUUUUCUUUUUUUUUUCUUUAAAACUUGCUCCUCGUCCCCCACUUCUCGCCACAUCCUCCAUCUGGCUUGUUUCACCACUGGACUGCAGCUUCACACUUUAUUCCCACGUUCAACCGCGCACUCCUGGAAAGAAAGCAGAAGAACCGAAAUACUUAAAUGUUUCAUUCCUUCGUGUAUAUUUUGAUCUAAUUGGGCUGAUACGGCGGCUUGUUCUGUUUUUUAGCACUCGCAGCUUGGCUCAGGAAGCUGGCACUGCAGCAGCAGCUAUGGCGACGAUGUUGAUAGUGACGAUGAAGACAAUAAUAAUGGUAGGAGUAAUGGAAUACUACUCUCAGGUCUGUAGUGGCUGCUUACGCACGUAUCGGAGUGAGUCACCGGGAGGGGAGGGUCUUUCUUCACUUCAGCUCCGCGCUGAGGUAUUUUAAAUAGUGCCGGGGAAAAAAAAAAAAAAAAACUGGUUUGACAGACAGUUGCACAAUCUGGAUUCUCGUGUUAUUGAGCGCAGGGAAAGUGGUAGUUGAUGCGUUGAUGAAAGCUGUGUGUGCAGAUGAAAGUGAGGGAAGGCUAAAUAGAAGGGAUGAAGAGAAAGCUGAAGGGAGAAACAGUGCAGGGGGAAAAUAAACGUGCCAUUUGGAAGACAGUUUAUCAUUAUCGCCCUCACUUUGUGGGGCUUGCAGAGUAUUUUACAACACAGCAGUCAAUGUGUAAAUGACUUUGUUAGUGAAACAUAAGAAUAAUAAUUGUUAAAUAUUUUUGUGUGAUGAUCUGCUAUUAUCUUGCAGAGUCAGUGUUUUCACAGUUAAAUCAUUUUUUCUCCCAUACUAAGUUUUGUUGACUGGAUGCGUGUUUGUUAAAAUGUAAAUUGAUCAUAUUUAUUGGCAAUGUUGGGGUAGUUUCUCAAAAAAAGUAUUUAAAGUAAUUAGUUACUUGUUACUUGUUACUUCUGUAAAUUAUAAUGACAUUACUGCAUUUAAAAAGUGAUUUUGCAAUUGUGUGUAUUUACUUGAACAAACAUCCCCGCCGUAUCGUCACUUAGCCCGUCCACACAGUGUUUAAUGUAGAAUGUAAACAAAAUGGCUGUAAAGCUGUAGGAACGAACAACGUCUCUGUCUGCGGGAAGAGACAGGCGCACAAGUCUCAUGACACAGGAUUUUAAAAACAUGAGGAGUAAAAGUCUUCUCCUAAAAACAAAAAGCUUUCUUUCCAUUCACGUCAGACAAAAAAAUGAAAUGGUCACUAAUCAAAAUAAAAAUAAAGAUCUGAUGAUUUUAUCCGAUAAAAUUAAGGCAGACAUGUACAUGAAACCAUAAAAAAGAAACAGGAAAUGCAACUUAUUUUAUUUAUUUUAUUCAAUACACAGAAAAGACAAAAAAUAGUUUAUACAUUGUAGGUUUGUAAGUGGCUGGAAUUGAUCCCAGCUUUAGGUGGCGGUGGGAUACACCCUCACAAGGUCAGCUCAGAGAUACAGUCACACACAUUCAUGCUUACGGGCAUUUUUAGAGCCACCAAUUGGCCUCAAGUGCGUGUUUUUGGAGUAUGGAAGGAAACCAGAGUACCUUGAGAAAAACCGCAUACGCAGACAAACACGGGACGGAAAGCCCAGAGAGGGAAAACAGCACCCUUCUUAACCAGUGAACUCAUUUAACUGCAUGGAAUUAAAAGAAAAAGAAAAAAAAAAAAAAGAAUUGAGGGGACGAUUCUGCGUAGAAGCGUUGAUCCAAAAUGCGUUGUUCAAGGCAGAGGUGAGCUGUUCCAAAAAUAGCUUUGUGUCUUCCCUGUGGUGGUUCCCAGCUCUGUGACAGAGGAGUGAAACUGACACUGUAAUCUUCUCGGCAGUACAAUAAACCCAACUUCUAUUCAUAUGGCGCUUUCACACACACACACACACACAGACAACCACAUGCAGAACGAGGAAAUGAGGAUAGUCAUAGCUCCUGGGUAUGUUCGAGCACACAAACGCAACCGUUCGGCCCCAGCGUCAACUCAGUCACAACAGGUACACAAACUGCUGAUUGUUUCUCUCUUCACGUCAUCCCGCCGCCUGCCCCGGCCAGCUCACGUACUCCGUCGCUCGGUGCAGGAAGUCGCUCCUUAUAGUACCGAUUUAACAAGAAAAUACACGGUAAGAUUUAAAUAGAGAAAAAGAAAAGCUUUUUCUUGUUGUAUGGGAACAUGGUUCCACUUUCAUUAAAGCCUCCAAGACAAACAAAAAGUUGUAUUUUUCCUCCAGGGCACAGAGUGUGUGUGUGUGUGUGUGUGUGUGUGUGCAUAAGCUGACAUGGGGCUUGCAUGCCCACGCCUCACAGGCUUUUUGUGUUCCAUAGUCAGUCCACAUCACAUUUUCCCCGGUAUAGAUGUAACUAGCUCAUGUCUGCCGUGUGUGUGAGCCGGCAUACAUACUGCAUCUUGGCAUUACGGUGUCGUGAAGGAAGCAAUAAGUCCCCUCACACACUCUCACACCAUCGGCGAGCUGGAGGCCAUCCACUCUGGACUGUAAAGUCUAUAAACCGAUGCAGGGCAACGAGGUCACAUAGUUUGAGAGAACCGCUGCAGUGAGUCACACAGUUCGCUUAAAAAAAAAAAAAAAGUCUAGUGGCUUGAGGUAUUGUUGGAAAAAACACACAAGGGCACGUUAUACAAAAGUACUGAAAAGCGUGAGAUACGUCUCUGGAAACCUGUCGACGGCGCAUCCAAACCUAACUGCACCAUCACCGUCAUUUAGUCAUUUUGUUUUGUGUGCAGGAUUUUUGAAAAAGUAAGAAAGUAGAAAGAAUUCAUGACAUGUAUUAACCUCAACUGCUUCUUUUAUGGACUGUGGGGAGGUUCCUAGAGUGCGCACAGAAAAUCGAAAUACGCACAGGGACAAUAUGCAAACUCAACACAGAAAGGCCUCCAAGCUGGACUCGGAUUGUGGCUUUUUCUGUGAGGUGAGAGUGCGGACCACAGCGGUGUGUGACCCAGAGGGAAAUGACCACAUUUUUCAAUGUGAUCAAAUUGAUACAGAUAAUAUAAACUUCACAAAUGAAGAAGUAAAAUGCCGUUUAACCUCUCUGUCUCUCUCUGCUCGUGUUCCUAUUCUGCACGUUUGGUCUUAACGUCGUUUGACUUUUCACUUUGCUACAUUUCCAAUGCUUUCUUCCUGAUUAGUUUAUAAAUACUGAGGUUGAAUGUCUUUUUUCCAUCCUCUUUCCAGUCUAUCUUCUUCACUAAAGAUCAAUAAAACUCUGCGUGCAAAAAUUACAGUAAAUGUGCCAAAACACAGCCAAAAUCUAAUGAUUACCAUCCUUUUGUCAUGUUUAUUAAAACGACUGCCAAGGAAAGCCUAAUUUGAUUCUUGAGACCUUCGUGUUUUCUCUCAGACCUUGUUGUUGAGGGGGCUCCGUUCUGUGUCAUGAAUGUUGUUAGCAGAUGGAGAACUUACUCAUUCGCCUUCAAAGUCUGCCGGUGACUGUAGUUGUUACGACACCAGAGAGUCUCUGAUGUCUUUUCAAAAAAUAUCUGCACACGAGCGUGCUUUGCUGAUGUGGCAGAUUUCCCAUUCUGGUUCUAAAGAAAUCCAUGCGAACCCACCAAUUUAGUUCUAACAGCCAGUUUGCUUCUCAAACUCAUUAAAUCCAUGUGUCUAAUGAACAGCCUGUGUUGUAGCGCUCGCUCGGUUUAAUGGUAGUGCUCUGUACCUUACUGUGGGACUAAGCAUGCACUUUAACAUUGUGUGUCUAUGUUUUUAUUUCUCUUAUGCGGGUGAUUUGAUUCUGAGGAAGAACAUUUACCUGCUUUGAACCAGAAAGAACCUCAACCGAGACACCGAGUUGAUUACACAAGGCAGCCUCCAAAUGACGUCGAGAUGGCUCUAGGUGGGACACUUUUGCCGUCCAUUUCCACGUUUGCCAGCGGCCCCACUGUCAAGAGUAAAUCCAUAGGAAGUGCCAAUUUAAGAUGGAAGGAAGAGCUGUCCCAUCUUAAGAGAUUCAGCGUUCCAGCCGGAAGUAGCUGCCCGAACCCGGACCACCCCGCCGCCGCCAGCACGACGAGCCCCAGCAUGUCCAAGAAAGACGCCGAGCCAGACCUCGAUUUAGAUUAUGACUUUAUUCUAUCGAACUCCAUUCUACAGCAACAGCAACAACAGCAACAGCAGCAGCAGCAGCAGCAGCAACAGCAGCAGGAGGACAGCAUGGCGUGCGGCUCCGCUCAGGCCCUGUCUCCGUCCCCGGGUUCCUUCUCCUCAUCUUACCCUCUUCCGUCCCCUCAAAGCACUGCCAGCGACCUGCUCUAUACCAUCCCAGACAUCAGUGAUGUUUCGCCCUCUGGAGGCUUUGUGGCAGAACUCAUGAGGCCCGAGUUGGACCCGGCGUACCUCCACCCCACCAGCCUCCACGGCAAGUUCGUGGUCAAGACGACAAUGGACAUGGGGGAAUACGGGCAGUCCAUGAACGUGAGCAAGGCCUGCGUCAACGCCGUGUCGGACCCGGCGACCCCGCGCGCCUCGCCGUCCUUCCCGUGUCACCGGAUAAAGCAGGAGAACCCCAGCAACUGCACCAUCUCGCAGCCCAUGGACCUACACCUGGUGGGGGUGAACUCCCAGGGCAGGGGGGGCCCGCAGCAGCGGCCCAGCCACCUGGAUCUACACGGGUUCUCCGGCGGGGGGCGGUCCAUGACGAGCGGCAGGUUAUCCUCAUCCUCCUCCCUCUCUCCGGACCAUCCUCUCAGCCGGGAGCACCAGGUGCUGGGCCAUCCCCACUCUCAGCUUCCUCUACCUCCACAGGGCUACCACCACAGCUCCCCGCAGGGCUACACCUCCUACGCCCAGACGUCGUCCCUGCAGUAUCAAGAGCCCCUCAUGAUCUCCAGCGGGGACUGCCUGCCGGAGGAGACCAAGCCCAAACGCGGCCGGCGCUCCUGGCCGAGGAAGAGGGUGGCGACACACACGUGCGACUACGUCGGCUGCGGGAAGACGUACACAAAGAGCUCCCACCUCAAGGCGCAUCACCGGACGCACACAGGGGAGAAGCCUUACCACUGCGACUGGGAGGGCUGCGGCUGGAAGUUCGCGCGUUCGGAUGAGCUCACCCGCCACUACAGGAAGCACACCGGCCACCGGCCGUUUCAGUGCCAGAAGUGCGACCGGGCGUUCUCGAGGUCGGACCACCUGGCUCUCCACAUGAAGAGACACUUAUGAGGCCCCCGGCGGGAGGACGAGACGAGGCGGCAGAGUGGACGAAGGCUCCAGAAACCCUGAACAAACUUGUGACCUACACUUUCUAAAGCCAUAAUUUGCCUUCGAAGCCGACGUCGAGCAACAAGACAAGCUGUGGUGUUCAUGGCUAAAAGAACGUUUUCUCCUCUUACGAGCCUAGAAUUUCUCUCAAGACUGAUCCUGACGUCGCGCAGGUGACUCGACAAGACCUCUCAACCAGGGUUGUAAACUUUGAUGAAAGGGACCAAACUGGAAUUUGUCUUAUUUAACCGACAAAACUUGGAGGACCAGGUGCCAACAGCUUUUAACUGGAAAAAUGUAUUUUUUUCGUCAGGGAAUCCAGGAGCAACAGACAAAAACAUCUCCAGAGGCCUUCUACCAGCAUCACGCCGUCAUAGUUUAACUACACACUGUUCAAAAUACUGUAUUAAUAAAUACACUAUAUUUAUACACACAUUUCACCUGCGUUGCCAUCGAUUUCAGGUACAAUGUUAAUUUAUACAGAAUGGUGCUCAGUAACUCUGAAGAAGGUUUUUUUUCUUAUUAAAAGGUACCAAAGAUAAAGAAAAUUAUUCAAAAGGGUGAAAUGACAAAGUGCCAUACAGCUGAUUGUGUGUUUCAAGGAAACGUCUCAAUACGACUCAAAUCAGGUGAACGCUUUUUAAAAUGGUGAUGGCAAUCUACAAACGCACUGCAGCUGCAAAGUGCAAUAAUUUAUAUGAGACAUUCAUAUUUUUGUAUUGAAUGAGUAACUCUGAACAAAGAUUUUUUUUUGUUUAUAGCCAAAAAUAUGUAAUAUAAUCUUGAAUUUUGUACAUUUGUAAAUAAAAAUGCUUUGUUAUGGUUUUGUAUUUUACAUUAUAAUAAAAUAAAAUGUAUUUGAAAUAACAAAACCAGCUUGACCUUUAUACGAUUUCUUGGUAGCCACACUAAAAAAAAAAAACAUUUUAUAUAAAGUAAAGCAUUAGAAACACCUUGCUUGUCAAGUCCUAGGAAAUUAUUAGUA